AUUGCUCAGCCAGUGUAACUUCUUUUAAAUAGUCGCGAGGUUCUCAGCCUUCAUUAUAAACGCCGGUGAUAUGUACAUUCUUAACACCUUGAAAAGAGCAUAAUUGUUUUGUGUUCCUAGAAAUUUAUUAUGACACCAUGUGCCUUACCAAAAAUCAUGUCUGCACAGCUGAUGAUUACUGUAGUAUGCCUGCUAGGCAUUUUUUUUAAUCCGGUACGAACUCAAUCAAUACCAAACAUUGAUGUAUUAUUAGGACGCAUAUUUGACGACAAUUCGACAGAACUUAUACCAGAACCAAGAGUGGAUACCCCAGCUAAGAUUUGUGGCUUCGGCAAGGAAUGUGUAGCACGCAGUCUCUGCAAUGAAAAUGGAACGGUCAAUAUUUAUGGAAUAGAUAUGCUCAAUCUUCGUAUAGACGGAUCUAGUCCAUGCAAUUAUUUGGAAAGCUGCUGUGAUGUCAGCAAUAAGUUACAGGAGUCCAAACCACUGGAUGUGCCUCUAAGAAAUACUUGCGGUUAUCGCAAUUUUAAUGGCGUAUCUUUCAAAAUUGCCGGUGCUAAAAAUAAUGAGGCAGAAUUCGCAGAAUUUCCCUGGAUGGUGGCGAUUUAUGCAAAUGUUGGAAAUCAGAAGGUUUUCAAGUGUGGCGGUUCGAUUAUCGCACCAAACGUUGUUCUAACAGCGGCACAUUGUCUAUCGGACAAACAGACCGAACCAUUGAUGGUCCGUGCAGGCGAAUGGGAUUUAGAGACGACACUAGAACCGCUUAUACAUCAAGAUGCACGAGUUUCAGAAAUCAUAGCUCAUGAGUCCUUUAGUCGCAGUACCAUAUUUAACGAUAUCGCGUUGUUAAUUUUGGAAAAACCAUUUAAUUUGGCACCGAAUGUGCAACCUAUUUGUUUGCCCGAAGCGGGCACAACAUUCGAUAAAAAGCGUUGCUUUGCCACGGGUUGGGGUCAGGACAAGUUUGGUAAAAAGGGUGCAUACCAGCAUAUUUUGAAGAAGAUUGAGUUGCCUGUUGUACCGCACGCUAAAUGUCAAACGCAAUUGCGUGCAACGCGACUCAGUCGAUAUUUUCAGCUGGACAAUAGUUUCAUGUGCGCUGGCGGUGAACUGGGUAAAGACACGUGUACAGGUGAUGGCGGUUCGCCAUUAUCAUGCCCCGAUCCGAAUAAUCCGGAACGUUACCUUCUAGCUGGUGUUGUUUCCUGGGGUAUCGAAUGCGGAGUGGAAAAUAUUCCCGGCGUCUACGCGAAUGUGGCGCAUUUACGCGAGUGGAUCAUCGAAAAGCUGGUGGCAAAGGGAAUUGACACCAAGUUUUUUACGCCAUAAUACGUAUAUUUAGGAAUUAUACGUUAAGCCCUACAUAUACACCAGAGGUCAGUGCUAAGCUGUUAUUCGACUUAAACAAACUCUUAAUACUAUUAAAACGAAACCGACUCUUUAGAGAUCCCUUGUUUUAUUAAAGUAUAUAAACGGUACUAUUUGUAAAUAAAAAAUCGUAGUACUGUAUGUAAUAUACAGUAGUAAAGUACUACAAUUAACCAGCUUUACUAUUAUGUUAUGUAAAAUAAAUGUACUUUUUCUAUUUGGAAUCUAUACCAA